CACGCUUGGUGAAUAGGUAAAAAUUUUACCUAAUUCUUAGUGCGUAUAGCUUUUAAAAUUCUCCAUCAGUCCGGAAUUAUCGGUGAGAGAAUAAGAAAAUUUUAUUUUUAUCAAUUAAAGUCUAUUGCUUCAAAGUACUUUUAAAAUCAUGAAGUAUCUCAUAUUUUUCGGUGUUAUUGCAGCUGUGUUCGUUUCAGGACAAUGUCUGAAAUGUUUCGAAUGCUAUGGAGACAAGUGCAAUGAUGGAUCAACGUUGAAAAACGAGGUGAACUGUACUGGAAAUGAUCAAAUGUGUUUCAAACAAAUAAUUUAUGAACACGCUGAAAAAAAGGUCCAAUACAAUCGAGGUUGCUUUGUUGCUGAUAAAAUUAAUGAAAAGGUUAAUUUGACCAACACAAUUUCAACCGAGGUAUAUUUCUGUAAAAAAGAGAACUGUAACGGUGUUGGAUCCUUUACUGGAUCUUUGUCUAUCGUGCUUGUUACUUUAGUCGCAUUGAUGUUUGCAGGCGAAAAAUGGUAAUUUGUCAAGUAAUUACUAUUAAAUCUUACAAAUUUAUUUCUACAGAAUAGAAAUAAACUCAAAAAUCAAUUUGGAUUAAAUAUUUAUGAACU